GCGCGCCAGUGACGGAUAUACACACACCGCGUGACGUCGAAGAAGAAGCGUCCAGCUCGCUUAGUGUAGUAACAAACAUUUGAGCAAUAAUUUGUCUCUUUUAGUUUACAUUUUAGUCAAUUAAAGAGAGCCAUGUCGGAAAGAAAGGUUUUGAAUAAAUACUAUCCUCCGGAUUUUGAUCCGUCUAAAAUCCCUAAACUCAAACUGCCCAAAGACCGUCAGUAUGUGGUCCGAUUGAUGGCACCAUUUAAUAUGAGGUGUAAAACGUGUGGAGAAUACAUUUACAAAGGGAAGAAGUUCAAUGCUCGUAAGGAGACCGUUCAGAACGAACUAUACAUGGGGCUCCCCAUUUUUAGAUUCUACAUUAAAUGCACAAGAUGUUUGGCUGAAAUCACCUUCAAGACAGAUCCAGAGAACACUGACUACGCCAUGGAACAUGGUGCAACACGCAAUUUUCAGGCUGAGAAACUGCUAGAAGAGGAGGAGAAAAAGAUCGUACAGGAGCGAGAGGAAGAGGAACUCAACAACCCCAUGAAGGUCCUGGAGAACCGCACACGGGACUCAAAGAUGGAGAUGGAGGUGCUGGAGAACCUGCAGGAGCUGAAGGAUUUGAACCAGAGGCAGGCGCAGGUGGACUUUGAGGGCAUGCUGGAUCAGUAUAAAGAGAUGGAGAAGAGACAGAGAGAGAGAGAGCAGGAGGAAGACGAACGAGAGACCAAAGAGAUGUUAGAGAGAGCUCUGGUUAAACGGCUGAGGGACUCGGACUCUGAGGAAGAGACAGAAAAUGCAAAAGACGAAGGCAGGAAACAAACGACUGAUAAACCCACAGACAUCCUUACCACAGACGGGAACGCAGGAUCACAGGGCUCAUCGUCUGUGGGCAUAAAGAAGCAGAAGGUGGAGAGCUGGGAGAGGAGUGUCGGGGGUCUGGGCGCGAAGGGAGCUCUGGGGUCUCUGGUGGUGAGGAAGAAACCUUCCCACGCUACACCACAUCAGGCUCCUGACACACAAACAGGGGCAGGUGCUGCCAAACCAGAGUCCUCCUCAGCAUCAGCUAGUGCUUCCAAUGGACAACCAGUCUCAUCUCAGAACGGUUCAUCUCUCAGCCUCUUGGGGGCGUACACAGACAGCGACGACAGCAACUCCGACUAGGCUGAGAAAAUACUGUCUGGUGUUUUUGCGGACUGAAAUUUAAUUUUUUUUUCAUACUAGCAAAAAUGACAACCUCUCUUUUUACAGACCACUUUAAGUUUCCUUACCUUGGACUCUUUAAAAGUAUAAUUGAGAGAUUUUUAUUUUUCAGUAAUGAUCUUUUUAGCUGAAGAAGCACCUGUCUAUGAGAAGCUGUUUCCAUUGCCUGGAAUUCAUUUGGCAUUAGAUCUGCGCCAUCCCCUUGUCUCUAAUGUGUUUCUAAUGUAUUAUGCACUCUAUAAUGUAGUAUUUGUUUCUCUGUGUCAGCUCAGUCAAUACACGGAAAUGCAUUUGAGGGUAACAGUGGAGAUAAGUGAAUCUAAAUCUAAUUUAGACUGAUCAUCUCUAAUCCCAUAUCAUAAAAGACCCUUUCAUCUUCCUAAACAUCAAACAAAUAAAAUGUUUCUUGUGUUUCGUUUCCAA